UAUAUAGCACGGAAAAAGCGACUUGCAAUGUUGGAUCAUUUAAUAGCGGCAUCUCGUGAAGGUUUGAUAACUGAUUCAGAUAUUAGAGAAGAAGUCGACACUUUUAUGUUUGAGGGUCAUGAUACUGUAGCGACAGGUCUAUGUUUUAUUUUGGCAUUAUUAGCUGAGCAUAAGGAUAUUCAGGUAUUUAUGAUCAAAUAUAAAUCGCUAUUUUUAGACU